AUGGUACCAUGCAAUGAAUCUAAUGUUGAUGUUAAAGGUAGUCUAAAUGAAAAUACAGGAAACCACAGUUCUGCAAAAUUGAAUAGAUGUCGGUUGUGUAAAAAGAAAACACAUCCUUCCAACAUGUGUUCUGGAAUAUGGCGCACAUAUAUUCUGACAAAUGAUGCAAGAAAACGGUUGUUACCCUUACAUAAAGUUUUCUGCUUCAAGUGUGGCCGUAAGGGUCAUUUUGGUGAUGAUUGUAACGAUAGGAAAGUAUCAAAGAUCCCGAAGUUUGAAGAAAGUGCAUUUUCCGGUAACAAUCUUUGUGAUAUUCUAAAGAAAGAGUACUUUGAUCUAUUGGAACUCCAAGAAAGAGAUCGUUUAUUAGAGAGCGUAACAGACAUAGGUAAAAAUAAUUUAUCGUAUAAGAAACUACUGAACGACAGAAUAUCUAAAAGACACAGGGAAAGUAGCAAAACAAGAAGAAGAAAAGUAUCUAAUUUUUAUCGGCCAACUUACCAAAAUAAAUGA